AUGUUUUCAUUUUUAAUUAUUUUUCUUUGUAACAUACUUCUGUGCCGAGCUGCAAUUCUGCAAUGUGAUUUCGAAGCAGUCUGCAAUGAUUUUGUCGCGGAUGGAAAUUGGGGUUUGACAGAUGGUCUUCAUCCUCAACCUAUCAAUCACGACCAUACAUUGAAUACAAGUGCUGGUCAUUAUCUUUUCUACAAUCCGCAAGGGGGUUCACGUUCUACAAUAGCUGAAAUCAAAACUAGCGAUUGGUUACAACCUCAAACUGAUCGAGCUAUCUGUUUUCAAAUGUGGUAUUAUACUUCUCGUUUGUCGUUUCCAUUCAACAUUCAACUUGUACAAGGUGACGAUGGACAAUUAGUACGUAUUGCAGCUACAAUUAAAGGCAAAGAUCCUUCAAUUAAUGAGUGGACAUUAAUUAAUGUAACAUUGCCAAAUGAAAAAAUAAAAAUAUUCAUACGAUUAAAUAAUACAGUUGGACCUUUAGCAUUUGAUGAUAUUUCUGUAGAUUACUGCGAUGGACCACGUCCUUCACCUCCAGAAGUAUUGUAUACUUGUGAUUUUGAAUCAUCUUGCUCCAAUGAUUUCGUUUCCUUACCUGGAUAUCCGUAUCAAUGGUCAAUCUUAGAAGCGAGUGAUGCUGUGAAAAUUGAAGCUAAAGCGCCACCUGUUGAUUAUACAUUUGGUAAUCAAUCAGGGCAUUACUCAUUACUACCUAAUUCUAAAAUAGUUGUGAAAGGUAAAGUUGGCUAUCUUCAUUUUCAAGAAGAAUUGCAAAUUACCUCUAACGACUCUUACUGUUUAAAUUUCGAAUAUUAUGGUUAUGGGACCUGGUAUGGAGGUAGUUUACAAGUUUUUUCGUGGGCCUCAAAUGAUUCUAAAACAGUUCAAUCCAUAUGGCCUAAAACAAGCUCCAGUCAAUAUGUAUACACAACAGGCCAGUGGACUUGGGGUAUUAUCAAUCUGCCUAUUGGUAAUUAUUCGCUUCUAUUUCGUGUCGAUAGUAACGAUGUCUAUCAAAGUUCAUAUGCCCUUGAUAAUAUUGCUAUUACUUCAUGUGAUUAUCCAUCCACUGAACUUAGUCCAUACAAUUCAAUUCUUUCCUUUGCAUGUUCGUUUGAUAAUAUGACAAUGUGUGAUAUGAUUAACGGUGAUAAAUAUAAUAUACCUACGUAUAACUUUUCUAUAUUUACUGGUGAAACAAUACCUAAUCCAGAACUUGGUCCUACUCGAGAUCAUACAACGAAUUCAUCAUCAGGAGGUUUUCUCCUAUGGAAUCGAACACUACCAUAUACUGUGAGAGACUUUGGCACAGUAGAUCAAACACCAACAAUUCUACAAAACACUGGUAUGUGCAUUAAAUUUGCUUAUUACGUAAAGUCAUUAGCAGUUAACAAGAAUACAACGUCUAUCAGUGUGUCUACUGGUGGAUGUUACGCUGGAAGAUUAUGGUUUCAAGCAUUAGAUGAUAGUAAUGGGUGGCAAACGGCUAUUGUGCCUGUGUUGAAUUUUAAUUGCCAAGAAACAUUUUAUUUUUCUGUCUCUCAACCUGAAACUAUAGAAGUGUCUGUUGCAUUUGAUGAUAUUGAGAUUGAUCAAUGCAGUACUCUUAUACCAACUACAACGACUUCAACGACUACAACUACUACAACUACAACAACGAUCACUAGUACUUCUACAGUAUUGACAACAACUACAUAUACUAUAACUAUAUCCAGCAGCAGUAGUAGUAGUAGUAGUAGUUCGACAACACCAAUAUUUUCUUCAACUACAACAGCUCGUAGCAAUGCUCAUCGACAAUUUUAUUUAACUAGUUACAGUUUAAUCAUUUUCUAUAUUCUUUAUCAAACGGUGCGAGGAAUUGUUUUGUAG